GCUGGAGCUUGUUGAGCCUGCUGAAGAUCUAACCUACACCGGUAUAGGUUGAUCAGUGGUCGUUAGGCACCGCACUCACACCAGCCCUACGAGGACGCGACUCGUUCGGAACACUUCGCGCUGUGUCGGAGCCAGCUCGACUGCCUGUUGCAGCCUCCCGGCACGACGCGACGCGCCGUGGCCACGUGACGCCGUCGCGUGAAAGAACCCUGGACGCGCUCGCCGCGCUCGAAGCCGCAGCCCGGCCGCCGCCACCGAUGACGUCCUGGUGGUGCGCCGGCGGCGAGCCUUAUACCGCGUGCGGCCUCUUCGAAGGUCAUGUGGACGCCAACGCGCCCGCGUCGCCGUCGAAAACGACUCACAUCGAGCUCGAGUUCGUCGAGCUGCCGAAACGCGACGGCGAGGUCGAGGUCGAGAUGCAGGACAUGGGUCAGUCGUGGAUGCAGCCUCCGUCGCAACUCCCCUAUGCUACAAGUACCGAAGGUGUCGGCGGACGAUUGAAAGCGAAACCCGAGCACUUCCGCGUCACCGAAUUGUUGAGAAGUGCACCAGACGGCAAAAAAGAUAGGGGCGACGCCUGCCACUACGUCCUCAGAAUACGCAGACAAAACCGCACGACCGAGUGGGUCCGUAGGAGGUUGCAGGAGGCCUUUGGUUUAUCAUCCUACAGGGACGUCGGCGUCUGCGGUCAAAAGGACAAGCGUGCAGUAAUCGUCCAGCACUUCUCCGUGCCGUCCUUCUCGCCGAAAUUCGAACGGAACGUGCCGCUCGGCGAGUGCAAGAUGCUGGCGCCGUGUCGCGGUGAUUUAGAAGUGUUGGAAGUGAUGGUGUCGUCCACCAAGUUGCGACGUGGUUCUCAUCGGUCGAACGCGUUCCAGGUCGUGCUGUCGGGUGUGGAUCGCGACGCGCUGGAGGCUUGCGAGCUCACUUUGAAGAGACUGCAGUUCACUGGCGUGCCGAACUACUUCGGGCCGCAGCGCUUUGUAUGGAUGCGGCGUCCUUCCUUCGACGGGGCGAUGGCAUCGUCGUGAGACCACGUCGGCUCGCCGGCGUCGACGCGAUGCCGCGUCGCCGCGACGCUAUCGACGCGGCCGCACGAGAGUCUCUCCGCGCUGCCGCGACGCUGUCGACGCUGCGACACAAGAGUCUCCACACAGGGCAAGGGCUGCGCGACAGCUUUACGAGGCUACAAGGACCUGAAAAAGCUCGAGGCUACGUCCGGGGCUGAACGAAGGAAGCUGCGGAACUCGUUACGGCACGAGCCUAUGAAAAAGUUCGCGUGCGAGGCCUUCGCGUCGUCCGUCUUCAACUGCUACGUCGCCGAGCGCUUGCGGCAGGAGACCUUCGAUGCUAGGUUAGAAGGUGAUUUAACCUCAAGGAAGGGGUUGGGUGGUGGGUCUGCCACGGCGCGGGAGACCCUUACUGGACCUCUCAUUGGUCGAGAUCUACUGAAGCCUGCCGAGGGCACGAAGAGUGCUCUGUUCGAGAGUCAAGUACUGGAGAAGAUUGACCUGAACGAGGAGACUGUGGCUUCUGUCCUCGAAGGGAAGAGGAGGAUCGCACGCCUGCCGGUGCCUGACGUCCAGGUGUCACAACAUGACGAGGGCGUGUUGUUUGAAUUCUCGCUACCGGUCGGUUGCUAUGCCACGUCCGUUUUGAGAGAGUUCGCCAAGUGCGACCUAUCAUCAACCUGCGACUCCGGUGAUGAUAGUGAUGGAGACCGCACGGUCGAGGCGGAGCCUGUGAUAGAACGAAAUGGCAAAAAGGGCGUUAGGUUUGCGGCGUCGCGGGCGGAAGCGGGCCGCGGCCGGCGCUUAGAAAGGUGGCUCGUCGACAAGGAGGGCAAGCGGGGCGACCCGCCGCGGCUCAAGGCGAAGAAGAAGGUGAACGGCGAGGUGCGGAAGCGUCGGGCGAAGAAGACGGUGGACUACGACGAGGUGACCUAACUUUUGGUUUUGUA